UCACAUAUUCGAUAAUACACUCCACACAUAAAUAUUGUAGCCCUAUUAGCUGCAAAACGUGGUAAUCCACAUUGUGCAGCCCUGGUCCGGCGGCAUAUUCGCAAACGACCCCGACGUUCCUUGAUUUUUGCGUGUGGCUGACAAAACCAUUUGAGCGGAAUAAAAAUGGAGCCAGUGCUGGAGCAGAUUAUUGUUGGAUUAUUGUGCACUGACACUGAUCGUAUUCGUCAGGCCACAAAUGAGCUCAACAAGGCACAUGAAAAUCCAGAGACGCUGCCAGCGCUCUGUAGGAUUGUUGUCUCACAGCGUGAGACACAAGUGCGACAAUUUGCUGCAGUGCUGCUUAACAAGCGGCUGCAAAAGCUACGCAACUGGCAAAUGGUGCCAGCUGAGCAAAAGGAGAGUAUCAAGAAUGGCAUGCUGCAAGCUCUAAUAGCCGAACAGGAGAAGUCGGUAAAGAACGCAAUUGCACAACUCAUUGGAUCGCUGGUGCGACAUGAAGAGGAGAAGAAGGACUCAUGGCUGGCCGAGCUUUUGAAAUUCAUCUACGGGCUUUGCAGCUCAGAAGACGAAAAGGAGAGCGAGCAAGGCUCUUCGAUAUUUGCCACGCUUACUGAUGCGGCACCUGAUCAGUUUGUCAAUCACAUGGAGUCCAUUUGCAAAUUGUUUGCCAAUGUGCUGGUAACAGCCGAGCGCAAAGGCAACCUAACCUCACACACUGUGGUAAAUCUAGCCAUGGGCAUGAGCUAUCUAAUGCCGUUUGUUACCGGUCAUGCAAAUGCAGAGCAUACUGUGCUUCAAGCACUGCCACUUGUCAUACAAACGGUUUAUGCAUUCGCUCAAAAAGGCGACGAGCAUGAAUUUUGCACUGUUUUUGAUGUCAUUGAUAGCAUUGCCGAGUAUGCGCCCAAGUUGUUGAACAACAAUGUGAAAGUUCUAAUGGAAUUCUGUUUGGCAACUGCUAGCAAUAAGCAAAUUGAUGAUGCCAUACGUGUACAGGUUGUCACCUUUAUUGGACGCAUUGUGAAAAUUAAGAAGAAGGUGAUUGUGAAGCAGAAGCUGCUGGACCCCAUACUCAACGUCAUCUUUGAGAUGAUGUGCUGUGAGACCGACAUGGAUGAUGAAGAUGAUCUGUUUGGUGGUGAGAGUAAUAACAGUCCUGUGACCGCGGCUACGCAAACACUAGAUUUGCUUGCUAUUAAUAUGUCGCCGGAGAAGCUCAUUCCGCCUCUGCUGCAGCUACUUGAGCCCGCAUUACAGAAUCCAGAUCCGCUGCGUCGUCGUGCGGCUUUCUUUUGCAUUGCUGUUAUUGCCGAAGGUUGUUCGGAAGCUAUAUGCAACAAGUAUCUACAGAUUAUGUUGAACAUCAUCAAGAGCGGUAUUGCUGAUAACGAGCCCAUGGUGCGCAUUGCCGGCUUCUUUGCUCUCGGCCAGUUCUCGGAGCACUUGCAGCCAGAGAUAUCAAAGUUUGCACCACAGAUUUUGCCAGUACUUUUUGAAUUCCUGCACCAGUUGGUCGUCGAGCUAAAGAUGGGUCACCCGGAGCCGAAGCAUACCGAUCGUAUGUUCUAUGCACUAGAAACCUAUUGCCAGAAUCUCGAGGAGAAUAUUGUGCCUCAUUUGCCACUUUUAUUGGAAAGGCUCUUUGAAACUUUGGAUCCACAAUACUCGCCUAGUUUGCGCGUUCUGGCACUUUCUACCAUCUCAUCGGCAGCACUGGCUGCUAAAGAGCACUUGAUGCCAUAUUUUCCCAAGAUUGUGUCUAUACUACAAAACUAUCUGGUGAAGGAAUGUCCCGAGGAAAUCAAGGAGCUUCGCAAUGAGGCAAUCGAUACUCUGGCUUCGAUCACACGUGUUGUUGGAAAGGAUAACUUUAUACCUCUUGCAAAUGAUACAAUGUCAUAUUGCCUUAUGAUGCUAGAGGAGGGUCCCGAUGAUCCAGACUUCAGACGCUCAAUUUACAAUCUACUGGGCGCUCUGUCGAUUGUGGCUAACGAGGACAUGUCGACCGUGUUCCCAAAGAUUAUGGAUCGCAUUAUAGAGUCCGUCAUCUCCACGGAGGAUAUUCUUCCUGUUGUCAAAGACACAACUACACGCGAUUUGUUGUUGGAAGAGGCCAGUGGCGAUCAGGACAUCGAUCUGGAAAACACAGACGACGAGGAUGAUGAUGAGGAUGCGUACCAAGUGGAGAAUGAUUACAUGUACGAAAAGGAGGAGGCAGUUCUCAUACUUAAGGAGUUUGCCAAUAACACGGGCAGAGCCUUUGCACCCUAUUUGCAGACGGCUUUCGAGAACGUGUACAAGGUGGUAGAGCAUCCACAGGAUUGCAUACGCAAGGCUGCAGUUGAGACGCUCUGCGCUUUUGUAAUUGCUCUGCACAAAAUGGGCGAUGGUGAUGGCGUCAAGCGUGCCUGCCUUAUUGUUAUGCCCAAGUUUGCGCAAAUUAUGCGAGGUGAUGAGGAGCAGGGCGUGGUCAUACAUCUCGUCGAUGUGCUGGGCGAAGUGUUCAAUGAGGUAAAGCAACCAGCUGUGCCCACACAGGAGAUUGCGAAUCAAAUUUUUGAAUGCAUAAAGGAUAUUCUUAACAAUAAAAUGGCUUGUCAGUUCAAUGAGCCGUCUGGUGGUGGUGAUGAAGAGGAUGUUGACGACAGUGAAUACGACGAAUUGCUCAUUGAAAAUGCCGGUAAUAUGCUGCCACAAUUUGGCAGAGCGCUUACACCUGAAACUUUCUCGAUGUACUUUGGACGUCUCUAUCAGUUCUACCUAAGUAAACUGCACAAGGCCAAAAAAUCAGACAUGCCAGAUCAACGCACAUUUGCUUAUGGAGCUCUUGCUGAUUCAUUCCAGUCGCUGGGGAAUUAUAUUGUCACCUACUUUGACACCUUGUGCCCAGUAUUUAUAGCCGGCGUAACAGAUCCGGAGCCAAAAGCUCGUCAAAACUGUUAUUAUGGAUUGGGAGAGCUAGUUUUCUUUGCGGAGGAGAAGUCAUUUGAAUCCUUCCAAGCCAUACUGCAAGCUCUUUCGGCUGCCAUUGCGUCGGAGACAAAUCCUCCUGCGCUGGAUAAUAUUUGCGGAGCUGUAGCACGCUUGAUUGUCACCAAUCAUAAUAUGGUGCCAUUGCCACAGGUGUUGCCUGUUUUACUGGCACAUUUACCGCUACGCGAAGACAUGGAUGAAAACGAUAUGUUGAACAGGGCAUUCCGCGUACUGUAUAUGCAGUCGCGUCCAUCUAUCGUGGACCAUAUUGAACAGAUUCUGGCCAUCACUUUGGACAUGCUGUACAAGAAACAGAUGCCCGAUGAUGAGAGCACAGCUAGUGCGAUUGCUUUUGCCAAGGAGAUUCGCGAACAAUAUGCUGACAAGUUUAACAACGUGGCCAAUUCAAAUCCCGAGGUCUUCAACUUUGUUCAGACUCUGUAAGACUGGAUGACAGUAAAUCACAUAGUAAUCAUUAUCAACAUUAAUUUAUAGAAUAUCAAGUCGUGGAGCAGCUUCAAAAUAUAAAUGAAUUAUGCACUAACAAGCCUUUUUAUUAUUUCCAAUACUUAAUAGCAAACAAUUUACAAAGUUUAUGUUAAUGUCAAAUCUGUGAAAAUAUGAAUAAUAAACGAACGAAAAACUAA